GCCAGACGAGGCACCACAAGGCCUCGCUAUGGAGAUAAUUGAGCUAUGUGGCUACCAUACUCAUCUCCAUUGCCGCCCGCAAGAUCUCCCUUUAACCCCGCCUCUCGGCUCUAAACAGUGCGCUCAUCCCCGCUCAAGAUAAGCGCCACCCCGAGGUCACGAUUCUGAUAUGGAUACAUCCUCAUAAGUGCCGCAGCGGAACAGAAUACGUAUCUCCACGCUGCCAGAACCAUUCCCUCGAAUUCAUAAUCGAACUACACCUCGUGACCCUGACCUUUCAACUCCACAAUGGUCAUCUUCAGAUCAAGGCAACCACCAAUUGAUCUACCCACAGAGCUCACAGACUGGGACUGGUUAUUUGAUUCGUCGUACUCGCCCAUCAACAAAUCCCCGCCAAAUGAGCUCGCCGGUUUCCAGAAUGCGGUAACGAAAGAGCGUGUCAAUUGGGCAGACGUCAAGAAGUACUCAACCUAUAUCUCGACAGCAUUAGUCAAGAAGUAUGGCCUCAAAACAGGAGAGACUGUUGCCCUGUUCAGUCAGAAUACAGUAUGGUACCCUGUAGCCAUGUUCGCAGGUUUGCGCGUCGGAGCGAAGAUAAGCGGUGCGAGUCCAGCUUAUAAUGUGGAGGAGAUGACAUUCGCCCUCAAGACGGCAGAUGCGAAAUUCCUGAUGACGACGCCUGGAAGUAUGGACAUUGCCGCUGCGAGUGCAAAGGCUGCUGGGUUACCACAAUCUAACGUGUUCUUGCUUGAAGGCGAAUUGGGAGAAUACACUACAGUCCAGGAUUUGAUACGUAUCGGAAAGUCGUUCGGCGACGAGGGACAGACACCAGCAUUCAAGAUCCCGAAAGGGAUGAAAAACAAAGACGUUUGCGGGUUCUUAUCUUUCUCAUCUGGAACUACAGGCUUACCGAAAGCUGUCAUGAUCUCGCAUCAAAAUGUCAUUGCGCAAUGCCUUCAAGUGGAGCAGAUAACUCCAAACACUCACAAAAAGAUCAUGGCGGUCCUUCCACUAUUCCACAUUACAGGUCUCGUUCAUCAGAUGCACCUUCCAAUACUUCUAAACGCUGAAGUAAUCAUGCUACCAGAAUACUCUAUGAAGGGGAUGCUUGAUCUCAUCUGCGAAUACAAGCUUAGUGAGCUCUUGCUCGUUCCUCCCAUCAUAAUUCGACUGGUCCGCGACCCACUCGUUGAAAAGUACGACCUGAGUCACGUCACACGCUUCUCGUCUGGCGCUGCUCCUCUCUCCGAAAAGAUCCUUGAGCAACUGCAGAAGAAAUUCCCAGAGACGGGAUUCAAGCAAGGUUACGGCAUGACCGAAUCCUGUAGUUGCAUCACUGCGCAUCCACCGGAUAAGUACGCAUACAAAUACGCCCACUCUGGCGGAGCCAUUGUCGCCUCGACAGAGGUCAAAAUCAUCAAAGACGACGGCACAGAAGCGGGAAUCGGCGAAGACGGCGAAGUGCUAGCCCGUGGUCCCCAAGUCGUCAUGGGCUACCUCAACAACGAGAAAGCAACUCGCGAGACCUUUGAUGAAGACGGCUGGCUGCACACGGGAGACCGCGGCUGCAUCGACGAGGAGAACAUGAUCUACAUCACCGACCGCAUCAAAGAGCUCAUUAAAGUCAAAGGCAUCGGCGUCGCCCCUGCCGAGCUGGAGGACCUACUCCUCGGCCACCCGAAAGUAGAAGACGUUGCCGUUAUGGGUGUACUAGACGAUUACAGCGGUGAACUACCAAAAGCAUACAUCACGCUAAAACCAGGUAUCGAGGAGAGUACAGCUGUCGGCAAGGAAAUCAUUGCACAUGUCAAGGAGAAGAAGGUGAAGUAUAAGUGGGUGAAAGAGGUCGAGUUCAUUUCUGAAAUCCCUAAAAGUGGAAGCGGCAAGAUCUUGAGGCGAGUGUUGAGAGACAAGGAGAGGAGUGGAAAGUUUGGAAUGGUGGUUAGGGAUGAGGCUCGGGCGAAGUUGUAGGGUUCUACAGUGUUUACCAUAGCAGACCUGAACUGAAGCUUCUCAAGCUCUCUCGCCGAGGAUCUAUAACCCCACUAUAGUUGGUGCCAUUUUUUCCAACCCCCACCUCUGCGAUGAUGG